UUCCCAGAGUCACAGAUACCCUGCUGUAUCAAUGAGCGUUGGCUGCUCGCAGAGAUGAUUUGAGAGGGUAAUCAAACUAAGAAGGGAAGCCCAAGGUAGAGAGAGAGGCACAUUUGAUAUGCAGGAAGUGGGAGCGCCGUCUCAUGGUGAUUAGUUGGGGCAGUUCCAUGGCUAGAUUUAUGGCACGCAGCUGUUGAACGCCUGACAGACAUCCGAGGCAAGGGAUCCACUGCUGCUACCUUUUUUACUGCUGCUUCAGAAGAGCUCUGUUUGCUACCGGAGAGGAAGCUCGUUGUCUCAGCACACAAAGCAGAUGGUGAGGGAGCAGUAUGUCAACACCACCCAGGACAGCAGUGUCCCUGCCCCGGUCCCUGACUCAAUUUAUAAGAUCGGGAUCUACGGUUGGAGGAAGCGCUGCCUCUACUUGUUUGUCCUGCUGCUCAUUAUCAUCCUCACUGUGAACUUUGCCCUUACCAUAUGGAUCAUCCGGGUCAUGUGGUUUAACACGGAAGGGAUGGGACACCUAAAAGUAACAUCGGACGGAGUGAGGCUUGAGGACGGCGAGUCAGAGUUCCUCUUUCCUCUCUACGCCCUAGAGAUCCACUCCAGAGAGGACUCCUCUCUCUUGGUGAACUCGUCUGAAAACGUCACCCUCAAUGCCCGCAAUGAAAAGAAUGAUGUCACAGGAAGUCUCUCUGUAGGUCCAAAUGUGGCCCAGGGAAAUGCACAGAACUUUGUCAUCAGCUCCAACACCAAGAUGCUGUUUUCUGCUGAUGACAAAGAGGUGGUUGUUGGGACAGACAAGCUCCGUGUCACAGGUCUAGAAGGUGCCCUGUUUGAACACUCUGUAGAGACGCCCCUGCUCAAAGCUGAGCCCUUCAAAGACUUGAGGCUGGAGUCUCCAACCCGCUCUCUCAGCAUGCAUGCACCAAAGGGAGUCUUUGUCAAAGCACUGGCCGGGAACAUCGAGGCUGCAUCUAACAUGGACUUUCUAUUGCACUCCAGUGAAGGACUGGUGAUUCUGGAUGCCGAGACGGUGCGUCUGCCUAAUCUCCCCCUGGGACAAGGAGGUGUGUCUGGAAACGCUCAGGGACUCUACGAAGUGUGUGUUUGUCCCAGCGGAAAGCUGUUCCUGUCCAAGGCCGGGGUCACCUCCACGUGCAGUGAAAGCCAAGAAUGCUAUUUGAAGGAAGUUGAAGGUACUUUCUGGAGCCAUUGCUAACCUGUGCUGUGACUGGAAGUGUACAGGAACAGCAAGCAUGCAUUUUCAACACUCUCUCAAAUGUUCUAUAUUUUGUUUAUCAAUACAUCAUUGUGUUUCUAUCUUCUGUCUUGGUAUAGGCUCUGAAAUGAAGUAGGCUAUGUCGCACUCCUAAUACUAUUGCACUGCAAUACUGUAGCCUUCCCAUAGCCUACUGUCACAUACUAUCAAGGCUACCGGUCUAUUUACUUUCGAGCAUGCUUGGCUAUUUUAUUAGCGAUUGAUAAAUGGUAGUCUACUAUUUGUUGCGUAGCGGGAAUAAUUUAAAUCAGUUAUGUCAGAAAAGGUGACAUCCUGCCUAUAUAAUAAAAGUAAAAUAAAUAUUAGACGACAUGCAAUCUCCUUACCAAUGGCAAAUGCAACUGUUUUAUCAUUAGGCCUACAUUUGAAUGUUUUUAUUUCCCGACCUUCAUUAUAAUUCCUGUGCAUCAAACACCUCCCAUUUUCCCCAAACAAACAAUAAGCCUAUUUGUUGCAAUACAGUUGAUCAACCUUCGAAAAGUUGUGCACACGCAUGGUUUGAGAUUUGCGUGGAGAUAUGCACACUUUCCUGUCAUGUUCACAAUUGAUAAAUACCAACCUUUGCAGGAAAAAGUGGCAUAAGCAAGGUUUAGAGUAUUUUUUUGUGCGCACACACCUUUGAUAAAUGAAGCCCCUGUAGCCUGUGUGUUCUACUACUUUAGGGAAUAUUUAUUGUACAUUUAGAUUUUAGCAAAAAUGUUAGCUUGUUAGUUAUCUUGUCACCACUUUGACUCUUACAUAGAUUCUAAUGCAUUACUGUUCGCUGUUAACCCAUGUUUUAUGUGCGUUUGCUUGUACUUAUACAGCACGGUAUGAAAUAUAAUAUUAUAUAAUAUUAAAAAUUGUGAAGUUGAGGAUGUUUUGAUAAAUUGUGGAACAUGUGUGCCAGGUUUUGUAUGUUUGAAUAAAACAUGUGAUAUUCUUGUAAAAAGCUACUGUCUUUAACAGAAUAAAAU